ACCGAGGAGCAGCAAUACAUUGCAACACAAGGUCCGAAGGAAGGAACUGUGUGGGAUUUUUGGAGAAUGAUUUGGGAGCAGAAUUCGGGGAAAAUAGUAAUGGUUACAAACCUAAAGGAAGGAACCAAGUCGAAAUGUCAUCCUUACUGGCCGCCUGUCGGUAAAACGAUGACUAAUGGACAUCUAUCGGUAACCGUCAUGGAGGAAAAGCGUCUCCUAGCUUUUAUAUCCCGAACUUUGGGAAUAAUGAAUCAAGAGACUGAAGAAAAGCGCACAGUAUUCCAAUUCCACUUCAUCACUUGGCCGGAUCACGGCGUUCCUAACUCGUUCCAGUUGGUCCAGUUCCAACGGUCAGUAGAUCAACAACAGACUAGCCUACUGGGACCGUUGGUUGUACAUUGCAGCGCUGGAAUAGGUAGGACUGGUACCUAUAUCGCUCUCGAUGCUCUCUUGAAACAUUCUCAAUCGUCCCAGACAAUAGACGUCUACCAGUACACUCUGACGAUGCGCAAAGACAGGCUGAAUAUGAUCCAGACAGUGGAGCAAUACAUAGCUCUACACGACGCCUUAGAUGUCAGUUUGACAUUUCCAGAUACGUCAAUCCCUAAAGGUCGAUUCGGAGUAGAUCAAGACAAUCGACACCAUCGGAUACAAGACGAAUGUGAAGCCCUGAACAAAACAAAACAAGCCUUUGUUGAAAAAGACUAUUCGAUUGCACUUUCGAAUGCAAACAUACCGAAGAACAGGUCAAGAGAUUGCAUACCAGUCAAUCGAUUUCGGGUACGAUUAAAAUCGCCCAUGGAGGGAAGAAACGAUUACAUCAACGCGGUAGUCCUACCAUCCUGUUCCAAGUCCUAUGGUUUUUUGGCUACACAGUUACCAUUGGAAGACACAUGUGUGGAUUUCUGGCGUAUGGUCUAUGACUAUAACUCUCAAAUUGUUGUUCUGCUCGACAGACCAGAAAGUGAUGUGCAAUUGCUUCCUGAGGACGAUCAGUCAGAUCUUGAAAUAGAGGUAUUCAAAAUCAGCAUGUCGGGCACAAUUAAGGAUCUUGGUGAUACUCAAGAAGUGGACAUCUGCCUACACAAACAACAGGAUAAAGAGAAAAGACAACUGAAAGUUUUGCUGACUUCAGUAAGAGAUCGGGACACCAAUAAGAUAGCCACACGUAGAUUGGUUAAUGCUGUUUCGUCAACGAUUCGUCUAAAGGCGGCACGAAAAAAUACUGCCAUAACAGUUGUUUGCAGAGAUGGAAAAACCAAUUGUGUUCCAUUCUGUUUGCUCAAAACUGUUAUUGAAAGGAUGGACCUAGAUAACAUUGUUGAUGUAUUCGAUGCCACAAGAGAAAUCCAGACCAGACGACCUGACACCUUCAAAACAAUGGAGGACAUCCGUGUGAUAUACCAAUCACUGGAGGAAUACAUUGACUCAACAUCGGUCUAUUUGAAUGAAUAAGCGAGGUAUGGAUGAGGUGAAGUUGAUUUUUAAAAAGCGCAUUAAAUUACGGAAAAAUCACGAAUGCCGAUCGAAGUGUUAUUCUACGGUUGGACAUAGGAUAAAUCAUAGUCCCUACGGUGGUCUGCGUUCCAUACUACAAAAUGAUGUCAAUAUGACAGUCCCAAUAACGGCCACACUUUGACACUCUAGGCAGUAGUUUGUCGGUACCAGGUUCCAGUGUGGCCACAAUUCAGUCGACAAUUCAAUACCGGUAUUCAUGGCGGCCACUGUCAUUCAACAGUUCGAUACUUGUCUCCAUAGUGGCCACAGCUGAGUUAACAGUUCAAUACUAGCCUCAAAAGUGACCAUAUUCAGUCAACAGUUCAAUACUGGUCUACAAGGUGGCCUCAGUCCAACACUACAGACAGUAUAAGGUUACCUGCUGUCUCCUAGGCGACAGCAGUUUGUCACUUGUCCUUUUAUGUUGCAACAAUGCCAUUACAUUUCUAGUCUGUAGACCAAUACCAGUCGCAACAGACGGCCACAGUUAAAACAAACUAGUCCCAUAAGUUGCCACAGUUCGGCAUUAGGAUGUAAAUAGCAGUCCUCGUGACGGUUCAGUACGAUACUAGUUCCGGAAUUAAAGAGAGUUCGAGACUUUUACGAUAGAAUGUCCAUUUAUUUGCAAUUCCAGUCUUGCGCAAAACUAUGAGUUAUGUAAAAGGACAAAACUGUUUGAUAUAUAAUUUGCAUUACUGUAUGUAUAUCUUUAUGUUGUUGAUUGAAUCAAAAGCAAUGUUGCAGUCAUGUAUUAACUAUUAUUGAAACGAGAAAGUACCAGCGGAGGUCGGGGGCGCAGUUGAUAGCGCACUUGCCUUUCACCAAAGUGGCCGGGGUUCGAUUCCCUGAUCGGACGCGAAAAGGUAUGCGGUUACCUGCCCGGCCACGUGGGUUUUUUCUGGGAACUCAAGUUUCCUCCCAAAUUAAGACCCCCGCGCCAAUAAUUGUCUUUGUUAACUGUUGUAAAUUGAGUUAAUUUAAAAAUAAGAGAUAAAACGAUGCUGAACAUUUGUUCGGAUACAUCAUAUUUAGUGUGAUUGCCAUUCAUGAUUGAAAUACACAUUAGUUUUUACUGUAUAUUAUUUAAACAUCAAAGUCAUUUGGUUUAUUUUUCUUGAUUUGUUUAUUAUUGUUUUAUUUGUAUAAUGGGAGAAACUGAUUUUGUUACUUUUUGUUGUUAUGUUUAUUUAAUUUUUUAUAUUUUAAUUGCUUACUUCAUUUUACUAAUGUUUAUACUCACAAUAUUUUAACUCAUUGAAUAUUUAUAAAUGUAAGUGUUCUGUGUUUUGUUCUGUGUCUCGAUAAAGGAACGGAUUGCUCCAAAAAUUGGCCAACCUUAUAUUGUCUACACUGUUGGAAUUACCUCAUAGUCCAAUAUCUCAAUCAUCAGUAAUUCCAGCGUUUUGUGAUAAUUUACUGUUGACAAUACUUUUUUGAACCAUAUACAUAAACAUAUAUGAUCCUACUAGAGGUUUUAUUUCAUAUGAGAUUUAUAAAAAAAACUCGUCACGAACUUUUCAUUUGGAAGUCUAUAUACAUCCGCAUUGUCUCUAUUGUGACGUCAUACUCUAAUUCCAUUGCAUUACAUUAUCAUUUGAUUAUGUCACAAAAGGUUAUAUAACAUUAAUUCAUACGAAGGAAUAGGACUAUGAUAUUUUCACUAAAUAACAUGGUUGUCGUGAAAAAUGUAUUGAUAUCCGUGAAUAAAUGAGCAUUUAUCGA